AUGCACGGUUACAGCUCCUCAGAAGAGUCCGACGACCCUCGUCGCCCUCGCCCGGUCCCGGCAUCGAACAACAACAACGACCAGAAGAAGAAGAAAAAGAAGAAGGCACCUCCUCAGCCGUCCAUCAACCAUAUCUGGAAGAAGUUCCAGAACAAAAAGUUCAACAAGGCGCUAGCCGUGCUUCCUUUCGACCCCGUUCUGCCACCAGCGAGCUCCGACAAACCUAAUGAGCUGUUGACCGCCGGAUACGAUCGAGCUGUUGAAGAAUGCCGCCGCAAAGUCAAGAAGAUUAUCCAGGAAUGCCGGAGAGUCAACAUGCGAUACCGAGACCCUGGCUGGGAUUUAGAUUGGGAUCUGAAGUGGGAAAAGGGCCAUUGCCUCAACACCCUUGGCCACACAAAGUGGCAGCUCUCUAGAUCGACCCUUUCCAACCCGAGCGCCUCGGUGCCCAAGGCGGUCAAGCGUGUUCACGAGAUCUUUGAGAAGCCCACUUUCAUGAAGAAUGUUAACGGCGGUGAUGUCAAACAGGGAAGCCUGGGAGACUGCUGGCUGAUGGCCACUUUGACUGCUCUCGCUAAUGUCGAGGGUGGCAUCGAGCGUAUUUGUGUCGAGUACGACACACGCAUUGGCAUUUACGGCUUCGUUUUCUACCGUGAUGGUGAAUGGAUUUACUCCAUCAUUGAUGAUAAGCUCUAUCUCAAAUCCCCUUGUUGGGAUUCGCCUAGCAUGCAGAGAGAUCUGCUCCAGCAGAUCGAUCGCGAGGAUGUAGAGCGAGUUUACCGCAAGACGUAUCAGACCGGCUCCAAGGCACUCUUCUUUGCCCAGUGCAAGGAUCAGAACGAGACGUGGGUCCCAUUGCUCGAGAAGGCCUACGCUAAAGCUCACGGCGAUUAUGCCUCUCUUGCUGGUGGCUGGAUCGGCGAGGGGUUGGAAGACCUCUCGGGCGGUGUCACCACGGAGCUGCUCACCUCUGACAUCCUUGACACCGAUGGCUUCUGGGAGAAUGAGCUCGCCAAGGUUAAUGAGGAGUUCCUCUUUGGCUGUUCCACCGGCCUUCUAGACGGAGGCUACGGCGAAAGAGAUGGCAUCUCGGAGGGCCACGCAUACGUUAUCAUGGAAGCCAGGACACUCAAGUCGGGAGAGCGCCUUAUUAAGCUCCGAAACCCCUGGGGAAAGAUUCGCAAAGGCGUGUGGGAGGGCGCCUGGUCCGACGGGUCCAAGGAAUGGACCAUGGAAGUCCAGGAGGAGCUCGGCCACCACUUCGGCAACGACUCCGUUUUCUGGAUCAACUACGAUGAUUUCCUCCGCAAGUAUCAGCACAUCGACCGAACCAGGCUGUUUCGAGACCACGCCUGGCGAUGCGCCCAGCGCUGGAUCGGCGUUGAAGUGCCCUGGAAGUCGCAGUUCAAUGAAAAGUUCCAGAUUAAGCUGUCCAAGGACGGGCCACUUUGUCUGGUUCUUUCUCAGCUUGACACCAGAUACUUCAAGGGGCUCCAAGGUCAAUAUGUUUACCGCAUCCACUUCCGCAUUCAUGAGCGUGGCCGCCCUGGUGCCGAGGACUACAUCGUUCGCUCCCACGGAAACUACCUCAUGGAUCGAUCCGUCUCCAUUGAACUGCCCGACAUGCCCGCUGGAGAGUACAGCAUCUUCAUGAGCGUAACCGGCGAGAGGGACACCAGCUUGCCCUCUGUUGAAGACGUCGUCAAGCGUGAAUGCCGAAAGCGAGUUGAAAAUGACAAGCUGGUCCAAGUCGGCUCUGCAUACGACCUAGCUCACAGCAAGGGCACUGCGCACCUCGAAGAGGUUGCUCGCUUACGCAAAGUCAAGGACCAGCAGCGAGCGUCAGAGUCGCGUCAAAAGGAGCGUCGCAAGCUCUGGGAGAGGCGUCAUCUGAACCGCGAGAUCACCAAGAAGCAAACCAAGAAGAACAACGAGAAGCGGGAUCGCCGAAAGGCCAAGGCAGAGGAAGAGGCCAAGAAGAAGGCCGAAGAGCAAGCCAAGAUAGCCGCAGAAGCCACGAAGAAGGAGGAAGAGGAGAUCAAGAAGAUGGAGGCAGAGAAACCCAAGGAUCAAGCCGUCCAGACCGAUGCUGCCUACGACUCGGAUGGGGAUUCGUCAGACUCGCCAAUCGAAGACUGGGAGGAGCUGUACAGCGACGACGACAUGGUCAGAAAGCCACGCCUUGCUCCUGCAGGACCGCCCAAGACCCGCGAGGAACGUUACGAGUCCGAAGAGGAGGGGCUGCCCGAUCCUUGGAACGCCAUCUGCAUUGUCGGUGUUCGCGUCUACUCCAUGGAUGAGGACCUCGAGGUCCGUGUUGUCAUGGAAGGUGGCGAGCUCCUCGAGGGUGGUAUGGGCAAGAAGGGCGAGGCUGACCUUGACAAUGCCCAGGUCAACGCUGGCGGAGAGCGUGAGAAAGUAGAGGCCGACACCAUGGUUGAAGACACCAAGGCCGAGUUUUCAAAGGUGCAAGACAAGGCUACGCCUGAUGCCGUCGCCGAAGCUCAGAAGGACGUGAAGGACUGCGAUAAGAGGGAAAUUGAAGAUGCGACAAAGGAGGUUAACGAAGACUCCAAGUCGGAAGGGAGCGUCGAUUCAGAAAGAAGCUCCAACACAGACAAGACCGUCGACUCCUCCGAGUACGAUAAGAUGGACUCGGGAGCCUCCACACCGGAGGUGAUUGCCACACCCGAGCCGACACCAUUAGAAUCAAACAGAGAGCUCUGCUAG